AUGAAUUUUGAUUAUCCUUUUAGUGGCGAUGAGUCGUCCAUUUCGGAUGAUAAUUAAGAAGUAAAACAAACCCUAGAUUAAAUUGAAAUAAUGGAUGAUUUAGAUGGGUUAUUCAUUUAAUAAGAAAAUUAACAAGAAGAAGAAUAGCAAUAUAAUAUUCCUUAGGAUGAAUAAUAUUAAAAUACAGAUUUCGAGAUUAGAGACUAUCAAAUUGAUUUGUUUCAGAAAUCAAAAGAGAAAAACUCAAUAAUAUUUCUGGAAACAGGAAGAGGUAAGACUCAUAUUGCUCUAAUGCACAUUUACUAUUACAUCAAAAAGAAUGGGUUUUAAAAUACAAAAUUAGUUUUUUUGGCAAACACUAUUCAAUUGGUUGAAUAAUAAUGUUAGCUAAUUAGAGAUUAAAUAUAUUCUGUUGCUUAAGAAAUGGAGAAAAAAGGAUUGGCACCAUAAGACUAUCAUUUUGAUCUUCAGCUAUUCAAAGAUAAUUCUUUCAAAAGAAAAUUUAUUGUUCCAAUCCAUUCUAAGUCUAUUCUAGGGAUUGAUGAAGGUAUGGAUAUUCAAGGUUGGAAAAAGGAAAGAUGGGAUGAUAUCAUCAAUGAAUCAUGCGUUCUUGUAAUGAUGGGUUAGAUGUUAUUGAAUGCUUUAAGAAGAGGAUACUUGAAAUUGCCAUAUUUUUCAUUAAUCAUAUUUGAUGAAUGUCAUCAUUGCACCUAGAGGCAUUCCUACAGAUUGAUAAUCAAAGAAUUCCUUGAGUGUGAAAAAGUUAAGAAAUAAAUAUAACAUAGCGAAAAAGUGAAAUUUUUAGGUUUGACUGCCACUCCAGUUACAUCAGUUGACAUAGAAAGGGCAGUCAAAAUAAGUUCUGUUCCUAGUUUGUAAAUUGAAGUAGAUAUUCUUCAAUUAGCAUUAAAUUUACAGUCAAAAUAUGUUUAAGCAUAAGAAAAGUAAAUUAAAGAAUAUCAAUCUAAGGUUAUAACCUAUAAUUAGGAUUUAGGUAUUUCGACUACAUAUACUCCCAAACAUCAAACCCUAAAUGAUUUUUUUAGGUUAUGGUAAGAGAUAUAUUUUGAAAAAGAAAAAGAUAAGAUUUCAUAUAGUAUUUAAUUACUGAUAGAUUAGUUAUAUCACUUUGUUACUAUGUAUGGAAUUAUUCUAUAUAAGGAUUUAGGUGCUUUUUCAUUCUAUUAGUUUAUCAAGUAGCUAUUUAUAAAUUUUGAAGAAAUUAAAUUUAAAUAUAAAGUUGAGAAAGACUAGAAACUACUUGAUAAGAUCAAAAAAUUGUUCCAUGAUUAUUUGGAAAUUUUAUAGCCAUUAAACGUUUUAAAUGAUGAAAAUUUGUCGAAUAAGUUUAUUGCUUUAAGAAAUUAAUUGUUAGAAAUAACAUAGAACAAUAAAGAAAAUAAGAAGCUCUUAAUUUUCGUGGAUCAGAAGAUAACAGCCAAAUAUUUGCAUUAGUUAUUAGAGUUGCAUUAGUUGGAAUCUACCUAUGUAGUGGGUACUGGUAAUUUGACAUCGGGAGCAUUACAAAUGACAAUUUUAAAAGACAGGAAUAAAUUCAUAUCUUUGUCUCCUAAUAUUAAUGCUUUGGAGAUUGCAGAAAAGAUUUAUGAAUAAUUCAAUAUAGAAGGUAAGGAAGAGGAUAUAGAGUUGAAUAAUGAGGAUGAUGAUGACAACUAAACCAAAAUGAAAUUAAGAUCCUAAUUAUAAGAAGUCUUGGAAGGAGUUAAAAAUUAUGGUAAGAAACUGGAUUAGACUAUUACAACUUCUAACGCUCAAAAGGAAUCAAUUAAAAAAUUUAAAGAAAGUUGCAAUAUUUUGGUUUCAACAAAUGUAACUGAAGAAGGAUUCGAUGUCCCAAACUGUCAUUAUGUUUUCAUAUUUGGGGAGAUUACAACUUUAAAAUAGUUUAUUUAAAAAAUAGGUAGAGCAAGAGCAGAAGGAUCUGUAUUUUAUUUUAUUUUACCAAAAGAAAAAGAAUUGAUGUGGAUGGCAAAAGAAAAGGUAUUAUUUAAGACAAAAGAAUGUGUGGAAAGAAAGAUAGAAGAAUUGAAUAAGAAUAACUACUAUUCUGAUUUGAAAAAUCGUAUAAAUAGUUUGAAUAAGUAAAUUAAUAAUAUUCCAAAGUUCAAGGAAGAAUAUUACGAUUGUAGAUUGGUUAAAGAUAGUCUAGCUUUAGUAAAUGUGAAUUGGGCUGUAGAAAUUCUUUCUAAUUAUGCCAACAUAUUUAAAAACUUUGAAUACAGAGGAAAGGACGAAAACUACAUAAGAGGAAUAUUUUAUCAAUAUACUGAAUUUCCAUCAUUGGGGUGGAAGUGCGUUUUGAUACUUCCAAAGAAUUUUUCUGAUCGUUACUUUAUAGGAGAUCUGAUGAAAACUAAAGAAGAUGCUAAAAGAUCGGCAGCAUUUAAAGCAGUGUUAAUUUUGAAAUAAAAGUAAAUGUUGACUGAAGAUUUGCGACCUGUAAAAAGUGCAUAUCAUUUCGUAUCUGACAGAAAAAAUGAUCCAAAUUUGAAGGAUCCAAAUUACUGUCAAGUUAUACAAGAGAGUGUUGUUAUGAAGGUUGAACCAUUAGUAGAUUUAAGACAAAAAUUAUUCCCUUAUAAAAUGGAUGUUUUUGAGAUUUCAAUUCAGCAACCUUUAUAUUUAUACAAAUUUAAAUUUUUUGAGUUGCCACCACUAAUCAAAAUUGAAAAAGGUAAAGAAUAGGCUAUUGGAUUUCUACAUAAUUCCUAAUUCUGUAAUAGAUUCAAAUUUUAAGGAGGUAAGGAAAUAAGAUUAGAAUUUGUUAAAAAGAUUACAAUAACACUGGAAUAAUAUAAUUUACUAAACUAAGUUCAUUAAUUCUUGGUUGCAACUUCAUUUGACUGGGAUUUGCCAUUUUAUUCAUUCCUUGCAAAAGAAACAAUUUCAUCUGAAUCUGCUCUAUUUUAACAAGGCAAAAAAUAACAAUUCAACACAAUAGAUGAUUAAAAAUAAUAUGCUCUUUUAGUCUUAUUGUUAGGAGAUUAAGAAUUCGAAGAAUUCAAUAUUAAUUAUGAGGCUUCUGCCAAUAUUGUAAAAUACAUUGAAAAGAUGAAAAAAGUUUUCAGUUUUUUGAACUCGAUUAAACAAAAGAAAAAGAUGAAUUAAUAGAUAAAAGAGGAAAGACAAAGAUUGAAUGAUAUGAGUAUUAGAUUUGAAACUUGGAAUAGUUUGGAAUACGAUGGAGACCUAAUAAAAUUAUUAAAGGAAUCCAAUUUUAAGGGAAUUGUGGGUUAGAAUAUAACUGAUAGAUACUUUUUUAGUAAGGUAGUUUUUGAUUCAAAACGACAGAUUGAAGAACAAAUAUAAAGAUUUGAUAAUGAAAAAAAAAAGGAAUUUUUAAAAGAUUUAUAGAAUGUCCAAAGAAGUUUAAAAUUAGUGAUCAAUUUUAAUUUUGAUAAUGAAAAAGAUUUAUAUGCAGCCCCUAUAUUAAGAAAGUAUUUGAAAUAGCACAUUAAUUAAAAUAGAGAAAUAAUAACGAAAAAUUCAUAGAAAGAUCCUAAAUAUCAAUAUUUUUCAGGAGAAUUUUAUCAAUUCCCAUUAAAUAUUUCAGCUACAUUGGAGUUAAGAAUAUUAACUAAACAUAUCUUAUAAUAAUUAAGAGAUUUUCUUGUGUCUUACACAUUUAAAUCUUAGACUUCUAAAUUACUUGAUUCUGGGAAGUAAGAUUUAAACAGUUUCCAGCCAUAAACCUAUCAAGUAAUGGAUAAUAUCAUGAUUCAAGACUCGUAAGAAGUAAUUAAUUUUUUCGCUGAUAAUUCUUCUGAAUUUUAAGAUUUGUUGAAUCAAUUCAAUCAAAAUAUAGAUUUAAAUGUAGGAAAUAAAAUUUAGGAUUACUAAAAGUAAUUAAAAUAAAGGAAUUUUAAAUAUUCUAUCCAUGAUAUAGACAAUGAAUUGUUGCAUAAAUGUUUCCAAUCCCAAUAAUUCAAUUAAGACGAUUAAACAAAUUAUUAAGUACUAGAAUUCUUAGGAGAUGCUAAUUUAAAAUUGCUGUCGAGUAUUGAAGUAUUCGUUCAAUUUCCUUUUGCAAAUGAACAUUUGUUACAUUUAGAAAGGGCACGGAUUGUUUCUAAUGAAAAUUUAAGGAAGUUUUCAAUUAUUCAUAGAUUCUUUAAUUGCAUUAAAUGCACAAACUUCGAUUAUUCUCCACCAGAAUUCCUUCUUGAUAAAAAUACUUAAGAAUUAUCAGAAAUAUAGCCUGAGAAAUAAAAGGAAAAUAAGGAGAAUACAAAGUAUUAAUAUACACAGAACGGUGAAGUUAUAACUGAAUUGCCAAAAAACUAUUAGCCCAUUCCAGAAAAAGUUCAUUCUGAUGUAGUUGAAGCAUUGAAUGGUGCAUUUUUGAUUUAAUAUGACGAGGACAUUAAUGCUUGCUAAUUUUUCUUACAUCGAAUAGGGGUGCUAAAAUAUCCUUUAGCUUAAGUCAAACUGAAAAACUCAACUACCUUGUAAGCAAAAGGUUUGCUUCAAAAGAAUCUGAACUCAUUAGAAAAUAUUAUUGGAUAUAAAUUCAAUGAUCAAUCAAUAUUAAUCUAAGCCAUUACUCAUCAGUCUUUUCUUAGUGUGCUAGAUUUUUACAAUUACAGAAAGUGCAAAUGCAAUUUUGUUGAGUUUUAAAAUACAAAGAAUAUUCUUUAGAUAUCGAAUUUAAAUUAAAAUGAUAUAAAUGAAUCGUUGUUAACCCAGUUGAAUUAACAAUAAAAUAGAAUUGAUAUGAGUUAUGAAAGAUUGGAAUUUUUAGGGGAUUCAGUUCUAGAUUCAGUUGUAGUGGAAUGGUUAGUGAAAGAAUUUAAUAAGGAGAAAGUAGAAGAUCUGGCUCUAAAAAAGUAAUGCGUAGUUUGCAAUAAAGCGCUGGCCCUCGUAACCCUCCAUUAUAAGUUGGAUCAAUUUUUAUUGCAUCCAACUCUUCAUAAGGUGGCUCAUGAAAAUCACCAAACUCUAAAUAAGAUUAAGUAAAUGUAUAAUGAAUACUAUGAUGAUAUCAGUAAGAUGUACACUUCAGAGCCCAUUAUUAAAAUCCUAGGUGACGUAUUCGAAUCUAUUGUUGGUGCUAUUUUUGUAGACUCCUCAUUUAAUUAUGAUCUAACCAAAUAAGUUGUUUUCAAAUUAUUAAUGCCUUUUAUGUAGCACUUUACAUCCCCAAAUCAAAUCAUUAAGAACCCUUAAGAUCGAUUAUUUAGAUACUUUAAAGGUAAGAACUAAGCAGAAUUUGAAAUUGUAAUGACUGAUGAGGAUCCAGUUGACGGGUAAAAUCUUUAUCAUUUGAGAGAUAAGAAUACUUAUGCAGUUCAUAAAAAAAUAAGAGCAACAUCUGAGAAGUAGGCAAGAGAGAAGUUAUUGGAAUUCAUAUAAAGAAGGGGAGAUUUGGAAUGA